AUGUUGGGAAUUCUGUUAACAUUGAUCGUGGUCUUUUAUCUCGCUGAUUUAUGGCGAAAAACUACUCGACUACCUCCAGGUCCCUUUCCUGUGCUGUUCCUUGGUAAUCUUCCACAACUCGCAUUUUAUUCACGGAGAUACGGAGGUAUUGUACCAGCUUUCAAGCGCUUAAAAGAGAUUUACGGUCCAGUAUUCACAGUAUGGUUGGGACCUAUAGCCACAGUGCAUAUCGCUAACUAUGCACUGGGUCAUGAAGCGAUGGUCCGCAGCGGUGCCAAAUACGAGGAUCGCUGGAGUCCAGCUAUAAUGUAUGACAGGAGAGGUAAUCGCGGUCUGCUUGUCUCUAGUGGUAUGACUUGGAAGGAGCAGAGACGUCAUUCGUCAUAUGUGUUGAGAAAUCUUGGAGUCAGUCGCAAUCUUAUAGAAGAGCGAAUUAUGGACGAGUUUAAUCUGAGGUUCGAGGAAAUCGACCAUUUGCCAUCGGAUACACCAGUCGAUCCAUUCCACCUGUUCGAUCGUCUUAUUGGUGGAAUCAUCAAUCGUAUACUUUUCUCAACUCCUAUUAACGGAGAGGAAGAGAUGAAAUUUUACAAAUAUCGGAAAGACGUGGAUCGAUUUUUUGAGCAGCUACCCUUCGACUACACAUUUAUUAAAUCGUGGAUGCUUAAAAUACCUAUUCUCAGCUCGAGAUGGACAAAAAUGCUUGAGCCGAUGCACAAAAUGGAAGAGUUUAUCAGAAUGCAGGUUGCAGAAAGAAGACGUGCCGUGGAAGAUGGGAGUCAUGUGAUAGAUGCUGAACCCAAAGACUAUACCGAUGCUUUCUUACAAAAGAUAGACGAAAACGCUAAAGAAGGAAUAAAAGAUAGCUCAUUCGAUGAAGAAUCACUCGCUAUCAGCAUUAUGGAUCUAUGGGUAGCUGGGCAGGAAACAACAUCGUCGGUUGUAUGUUGGGCAAUGAUUUUUCUACUAAGAAAUCCGCAAGUGGCGACUAGUAUACGAAAAGAAGUGCAGAGAGCAACUGGAGGUUCAAGACCACUUUCUCUUACAGACAAACCUCAAACACCAUAUCUCCUAGCCUCCAUUACUGAAAUCCUGCGCUUGGCUUCUGUCUUGAAUAUGAAUCUCUUUCGAAAAACUGACUCAGACACGGAAAUUGGCGGUCAUCCCGUUCCAAAGGACACAGUGGUUACAAUCGAACUGUCGUUGGUUCUUAGCGAUGAGAACAAGUUUCCAAAUCCCGAUGUGUUCGAUCCGUCUAGAUACAUCUCUGAUCCUUCGCUGACUUCAGCUGUGAUUGCAUUUGGACUCGGCAAGAGAUCAUGCAUUGCAGAAGCGCUGGCAAGAGCUGAGCUAUAUCUGGUCAUCGGAAACAUCUUGCUUCGAUAUACCUUAAAAUGUGUCGAUGGACCACCAAUUGUGGAAGAGUUGAACAAGGACGGCAUUUUCAGAAAACCAAAGCACUUCGAAAUGAUUUUUAACAAGUUUAUCUAG